UUUUUAACUCUUGCCAAGCACAAAGCUAUGGAGAAAAAUGCAGAGCUGGUUUUCAUUCCAUCUGCGGGAUUGGGUCAUGUUGCCCCCGCCAUCGAAUUUGCCAAACACAUACUUGAUGCAGGUGAAUGUCUCUGCAUUUCCUUCCUCAUCAUGAAACAUCCCGCCGAUUUCGGCGUUCAACGUUAUCUCCAAUCACUCUCUUCUCACUCCCGCUUGCGCUUCGUUGAUGUUUCAAUUGACCCCAAAACAGCUGCUGAACUGUUGUCUAACAAGGACAGAUUCUUGUACGAUUUCAUCGAUGGCCAUAAACACAAGGUAAAUGAAUUUGUUCGCAAUAAACUUGGCUCUACACGACUUGCUGGCUUUGUCCUUGACAUGUUCUGCAUCUCAAUGAUUGACGUAGCUAAUGAAUUUGGUGUUCCUAGUUAUAUUUACUUUACCUCCGCUGCUGCUUUUCUUGCAUUGUCCCUUCAUUUCGAAGCACUGAGGAACACCUCCGAUUAUGACUAUUCCGAGUCUGAUGAAGAAUUGCCGAUUCUUGGAUUUAAAAAUCCAUAUCCUGCUAAAAUUUUACCUAAGCCAGCUAAAUCAGUUACGCCUAGCUCGAUUUUGUACUUCGAUGGCAUUCGUCGUUUUAAAGAGACGAAAGGUAUCGUUAUCAAUACCUUCGCAGAGCUUGAACCUUUUGCUUUGCAAUCACUCUCCGAUUCUAAAAUUGCUCCUCCGAUUUACCCGAUUCAUCCUGUAGUCAAUUCAGAUGACAGUAACAAAAAGCAAGAAACAGAAAGUAUCAUCAAGUGGUUGGAUGAGCAGCCAAACUCAUCUGUAGUAUUCUUGUGCUUUGGAACCAUUGGAAGCUUUGAACCUGAGCAGGUAAAAGAAAUAGCAGUAGCACUAGAGCGCAGUGGCCACCGGUUCUUGUGGUCCUUACGAAGGCCUCCACCAAAGGGGAAAAUAGAGAUGCCAAGCGAUUAUGACAACUUCGAGGAAGUGCUGACGGAAGGGUUCUUGGACAGGACAAAAGGAAUUGGGAAAGUGGUCGGAUGGGCACCACAAGUGACUGUGCUUUCACAUUCUGCUGUGGGCGCGUUCGUGUCGCAUUGUGGGUGGAAUUCGACGUUGGAGGGCGUGUGUUGUGGGGUGCCUAUUGCUGCUUGGCCCUUGUAUGCUGAACAACAGAUGAAUGCAUUUUUGUUGGUUAAAGAAUUGGGGUUGGCAGUAGAGAUUUGGAUGGACUACGUUAAGGACUUCGAGGGGAAAAAUCCAGUUGUCAUAGUUAGUGCCGAGGAGGUUGAAGGCGCCAUACAGAAGCUUAUGGAGAAUGGUGAAGAGAAUGAAUUGAGGAAAAGGGUAAAGGAAAUGCAAGAGAAGAGCAGAAUAGCCAUGGAAGAAGGUGGAUCAUCUUACACCUCUUUACGACUUCUAAUUGAGGAUUUCAUCUGCAACAUUUCUUGAAGAUUGAUUUUCCACAUGAAGAGAUCUUCAGCAAUGACAAGUUUUUCACUGGAUAAAUCAUACUCUGAUGCUCUGAACAAAACUUUUAAAUGCAUUAUCAAGAGCACACAAGUUUUCAAUGUGGAUACUUGUGGUUGUUGCUUAGACUUGUUGGAAAUCGUUUAAGAAGAUUGUAUGUAAUGCAACAUUUAGAGUUGUUUCGUAGAGAUUUUUGAACAAAAAUUUAGACUACAAAUCACUGAAGA